GAUGUUGUGAGGGGGUGAAGGCGAGCUCGAGGAGAAGAUGGUGAUGGUUCAUGUGAAGGCCGCGGCGGCGGAAUCGGAGGAGCAGCAGUUCCUCUACGAGUGUCGUUCCACUUCGAGCAUCGACGAGAUGACCGACGCCAUCCUUGGCAUCCACGCCCUGCAGUCUCACAUCCAAUCCCUCGCCCUUCUCAUUAGGCAGCGCCUUCUCGCUGACCCUUCUUUAGCAGAAAGUUAUCCGGAUGUAGCACUUGCUCUGAAGAGAUCCUUAUCAGAAGCUGAGACUUACGUGUCAAAGGAACAAGUGGCGCACAAAAAAUUCUUGUCACCUCAUGCUCUUAGAGCUCAUAUUAAGAGCUUGGAAAAGGAAGUCAAGGUUGCUCAAUCAAAGGGUUUUCUGGACUUUGAUCUGCCGCAACUACUUUCUGAUUGUGAGCUUCAUCAUGGUAUGCAACUUUGGUGGGCUGGGAAAGAACUCGUUAGAGGAAAAAAACUAUGUGACUACAUUGGUGAAAAUGAGAAAACAAAGAUUGUGAUCAUAUUGAAGCCAUCUUGUUCGAGCGCUUAAGCUUUUCUUCGAGACACUCUCUCUACUCCAACCAAAUGACCCAGAAAAAGCUCAAAUCGGAUGGCAUGCACGUUGAGAAACGAUUACCUUAAUAAUUAUAGUGAUUAAUGUAUUUAUUAUAUGUAUACUUCAAAAUAUGUUCCUUAUGUAUUGGACGGAGUAUAAUUUUGAUGCCACAUGUGUGUCGACCCGAU